UUGGAUUUUGUUGUUUUUUUCGCAAAAUAAAUGUUUAAAACAUUUAUAAAUUUAGGUUAAAAUAUUCGAGAACCAUCUCCAGUAAAAUCCUCUUCAUUAAAAAUUACAAGAAUGCAGUGUUAUUGAUUAAUUAAUUGAAAAUGAAGCUGGUUUUCAAAGAUAUCGAGAAAGAUGGAUCAGGGUGUAUUGCGCUCAUCCCGGAGGAGUCUGAAGAUAUGUGGCAUGCAUAUAACCUGAUAGCUGAAGGUGACUCGGUAACUGCCUCUACAGUGAGAAAAGUACAAACUGAAUCUUCGACAGGGUCUUCCACGAGCAGUAGGGUUAGGACUACCCUAACAAUAACCGUGGAGACCAUAGACUUUGAUACCCAAGCAUGUGUGCUAAGAUUAAAAGGCCGAAAUAUAGUGGAGAAUCAAUAUGUAAAGAUGGGUGCAUAUCACACAUUAGAUCUGGAAUUAAAUAGGAAGUUUGUUUUGAAAAAGCUACUAUGGGAUUCGGUUGCAUUAGAAAGGGUGGAGAUGGCAUGUGAUCCAGCGGCCUCGGCAGAUGUUGCUGCGGUUGUAAUGCAGGAGGGUCUCGCUCACGUCUGUCUCAUCACACCCUCCAUGACACUGGUCAGGUCUAAAAUAGACAUAACAAUACCAAGAAAAAGGAAAGGAUUUACGCAACAGCAUGAAAAGGGCUUGUCUAAAUUUUAUGAAGCAGUCAUGCAGGGGAUUCUCAGGCACAUUGACUUUAGUGUUGUGAAAUGUAUAAUCCUGGCAUCUCCGGGUUUUGUCAAGGAUCAGUUCUUUGACUACAUGAUGCAGCAGGCCAUCAAGACAGAUAACAAACUUCUCAUUGAUAACAAAUCUAAGUUUCUCCUAGUAAAAGCUUCUUCUGGAUUCAAGCAUUCCUUAAAAGAGGUAUUACAGGAGCCAGCUGUGAUGGCAAAAAUUUCGGACACUAAAGCUGCGAGCGAGGUGAAACUCCUACAGAACUUCUACACCAUGCUCCAACUUGAGCCAGCCAAAGCAUUUUAUGGGAAGAAACAUGUUGAGAGAGCCAAUGAGGCCCUGGCUAUUGAGAUACUCAUGAUAUCUGACAAAUUAUUCAGAUGUCAAGACAUACAGACCCGAAAGGAGUAUGUGGCCUUAGUGGAUUCGGCAAGAGAGAACGGCUCAGAUGUGAGAAUAUUCUCCAGCAUGCAUGUUUCUGGCGAACAGUUGGACCAGCUGACUGGAAUUGCGGCUGUUCUGAGGUUUCCGAUGCCAGAACUGGAAGACAGCGACGCGGAUAAUGAUAGUGAUUCAGAUUCCGGUUAAUUUGCCUUUUGGAAGUUCGUUGAAUAAGACAUCCGUGUACUAUCAGACAAAUUGAUUCAUACAUACUGCAGUGGGCUUACGUAAAUUGGUUAGGUUAUGCCGAGCCUAGCUCACAGAAUAUAAAUAUUGAUUGACAUAACACGACCAAAUAACUUUGGCCCGCCAUCUGCCUAAAGGCGCGUUCAGACGUGCGCGUCUUCUGCGCAGGCGGAUAUAGCUCGCGUCGCGUGUUAUUCCAAACGCUAUAGUAAUUUGAGGUACUAUGAUAAAUUACAUAAGGCUUAUUUUCAUACAUUUCCACGAAUGAUCCAUGACCGCACCCCUAAGAAUCAAUUUCUCUGAUGGUAUUCCUAAUGUUAAUAUUGCAGCCAAAAAUAGUUGUAUCAUUUUUAAAGGUGGACACAAAAUGUACCAUUUAAUCGAGCUUCCAAUUGCCAUGUUAUAAAAUAAUAGUAAAGUCUGAAAUAAGAAUUAAUUUGCAACUUUUAUACUGUACAUAAUUUAUUUUCAAAAUAUAUUUUAAAUUGCCUUUUAUGCAUUCUUAUUCAUGAUGCUGUUUUAAUGAUUUGUUUUAGCAAUUUAAAAUAAGAACUCUAAAGUCGAAACUAUCAAUUGGCUAAAAUGAUGUAUUUUCUCAGAAGAACAUUUUUAUGAAGAUUAAAAAUUAUGUUCCACACUUUCAAUAAUCAUAUGCUGGUUCAAUGAUUGUUAUAUAGUUUUAUUAGUAUUUUGUUGACAUAUUCUGUUAUUGUAUUUAAUUACUGUAAAAGGUACAAGUACCUGUUUGUAUUAAUAUAAUAUUGAUAAAGAUGUCAUGUUGAUUGUAAGGGUCAGUCACAUUAAGACGCGACGCGACGACGCUUGAAGCUGCUGUAAUAAUAUUUUGCAUCGCCCUGUCACGAUAUCGAGCGUAACUUCGAUUUUGUAUCGAUAUACGUGCGCGUUUCGAACGUCUCGGUGUGAGUGACCACAAGUUGAAAAAAUGACAAAUUAAAGUACAAUUAAGCAGUAAA